CACAAACAGCGGUUUUUCGACUCACAUAACUCGUUCAUGUGUUCGGAUGAUGGAUUUACACAUAUUGACUUUGUUUUCAAUAAUUUCUCUUCUAGUCAAAGUUUCUACUGAAAUUACAUUCUCGGAGGACUAUUCAUGUGAAAACACUAUAUGUAAUCCUCGAGCUGGUGACCUACUAAUUGGCCGAGAAAGUUCACUUAUAGCCUCAUCAACCUGCGGACUGACUGAAGUUGAGGCAUACUGUGUAGUCACCACCAGUGGGAAAAGUUACUGCAAAGAGUGUACUUCUAAGCAGCCAUAUAACUCCAUAACGAAUCCUGAAAGUCAUAGAAUCGAAAACGUUGUUUCACGUGUUCCAAGCAAUCCUGGAAGAUGGUGGCAGUCACAAAAUGCAGUUCAUAAUGUUUCAAUCACUCUCAAUUUGGAUACACAAUUUCAGUUUAUUUCAACAAUUUUACGCUUUAAAACAUAUCGACCAGCAGCUAUGUACUUGGAGCGUUCAUAUGAUUUUGGACGUACAUGGGCACGAUAUGCUUAUUUUUCAAAUAACUGUAAACGUGAUUUUCCAACUGUACCUGAAGGACCACGUCGAUUUUUAACUGAUGUCACUUGUACUGGAGUUUAUAGUCAACUUACACCAUCAGAAGGAGGUGUGGUUGCAUAUAUGGCUGCUCCGAGUGAAAUGCAUGAAUCUUGGCCACAGUACAGUAAAGAACGUAUGAAUCUGACUGCAGUCACCAAUCUCAGAGCGGUCUUCACCAGGAUCAAUACUCUAGGUGAUAUGCGCGUUGAUGACUCACCGUUGACACGUCGUAAAUACUAUUAUGCUCUUUAUGAAUGGAAUGUAUGGGGUAGAUGCACUUGUUUUGGUCAUGCAUCACGUUGUAAACCAAAGUCAACAGCUGAAAUUCUGAAACCAGAAAAGGUCUACGGUGUAUGUGAAUGUACGCAUAAUACUGCUGGUGAAAAUUGUGAGACAUGCGCUGAUUUCCAUUGGAAUAAACCAUGGAUGCCUGCUACAAGAGAUGCUGCAAAUGCAUGUGAAAAAUGUAACUGUAACAAUCAUGCCACAGCAUGCUUCUUCAAUCCAGUGUUGUAUAUUAAAUCUGGUAAUGUGUCCGGUGGGAACUGUCAUGGAUGUAUGCAUAACACAGAAGGUGUAAAUUGUGAAUUCUGUCAACCAAAUUUCUAUCGUCAUCCAAGUUACCCGAUAGAUCAUCCGCUUACAUGUCAACCAUGUAAUUGUCAUUUGGAUGGGACACUGUAUGAUAAUUUUUGUCAACAGUAUACUAUACCUGAACAGAAUACAAUCGCUGGUCGCUGUAUUUGUAAAAAGAAUGUUGGUGGAGAAAAGUGUGAUCGAUGCAAAGUUGGAUUUUGGAAUUUUCAAGCUGAAAAUCCUGAUGGUUGUGAAUCCUGUUCAUGUAACAUGAUUGGUACAAUCGAUAAUGGUGGAUGUGAUCCAUACACUGGACUUUGUACAUGUAAACGAUUUGUUGGUGGUCCAAAUUGUGAUCGAUGUCUAGAAGGCUAUUUUAACUUGUCAACAGCACCUUUAGGCUGUCAAGAAUGUGCUUGUAGUCAAAUUGGUUCACUGAAUCCUAACUGUGAUAGAGUUAAUGGACAAUGUGUAUGUAAAGUUGGUUUUACUGGACGUGAUUGUAGUCAAGUUGAAGAUGGUUAUUAUAUUGUUCCACCACAUGAAUUAAUUGCUAGACCAGAUGAAAAAGAAAUCACAUUAGUUGGACCAAAAGGUGAAGGGAAAUAUGUGAUUGUACUUGAUGUAGAUCCUAAACAGUUCGGUGAAGGCGAUAAAUGGUCGAUUGUUGUCACGCCUUAUCAGUAUGGUUCAACUAGAUGUCAGAAUCCACCUCAGAGUGUCAAUAUUUAUCAAGAUACCCAUAAAGUCAUCAUAUCAGAUGUUUGUUUGGAAGCUGGAUUGCCAAUUGUUUUACGGAUUGUACCUGAAUCAUAUCCAGAGGGAGCGUUUACAGAAAUUCUGAUAACAGAUAUCGUACUGAUACCAACUGAUGACAGUGAUUUAGCUCGUCGUUGUGAGCCUUUCCGUGAAAUUGCUAUGGAGAUAUUGGCUGGACGACGUGAAGACAGAACAACAAUCCCAACAGAAUGUGAAGUUUACUUCCGUCUACCACGUUUAAGCUGGCGUGAGAGUAGUUCAGUAACAGCAAGAUGUCUAUGCAAUUCAACUGGUUCACGUUCAGAGAUAUGCGAUAAAAUGACAGGACAGUGUCCUUGUAAAGAAGGUGUAGUCGGUCGGCAGUGUGAUCAAUGUGCACCAUAUCAUUAUGAUUUCAGUGCAAGAGGAUGUACCGAUUGUGCCUGUGAUCCACAGGGAUCCGUCAGUUUACAGUGUCAUGAAUCUACUAGUCUUUGCCGAUGUCGUCCUGGAAUUGUUGGGAAACACUGUAAUAUGUGUAAUACUGGAUAUUGGGAUUUUCCAAAUUGUCGGCCAUGCGUAUGCAGCGGUUUCAGUGAUCGGUGCAAUCAGACAACUGGAGUAUGCGAAGAUUGCCGAGAUAAUACUGGUGGUGAUCAUUGUGAAACUUGUCGGGAAGGAUUUUAUGGUGAUCCAUUGAGAGAAAAAUUGUGUAAACCUUGUUCAUGUCCAGGUGGUGGGUUGAAUCAUGCUAAAGAAUGCCGUAUGGGAUCAUUGGAAGAACAAGUAUGCAUUUGUAAAGUCGGUUACACAGGUCCAAGAUGUAGUCAAUGUGCUAUGAAUUAUUAUGGCAAUCCAACAGAACCAGGUGGAUCUUGUCGACCAUGUGAAUGCUCUGGAAAUAUUGCAGCUAAUGUACCUGGCAGUUGUGAUUCAAUCACAGGACAAUGCUUGAAAUGUCUACAUAAUACAGAAGGUUAUUACUGUGAUGUGUGCAAACAAGGUUUUUGGGGAGAUGCAACUCGUCAAAUGUGCCAACCAUGCAAUUGUUAUCCACUUGGCAGCAUUGAUGAAGGCUCUGGUGGUUGUAACCGUGAGAAUGGACAAUGUGCAUGUCUGCCAAAUGUUAUUGGGCCAAGAUGUUAUGAGUGUGCACCGUAUUUCUUCAAUUUAACCUCUGGUAAAGGAUGUGAACCCUGUCUAUGUGAUCCAACUGGUUCAAUAGAUGAUUUAUGUGAUCCUGUUAUGGGUCAGUGUCGUUGUAAACCGGAUCGAAGUGGACGUCGGUGUGAUCAAUGCAGAAGAUUAUUUUAUAGUGACCCAACUUCUCCAGAUGGAUGUAGACCUUGUGAAUGUGAUAGAGCCGGUUCAACAAGUGAUUUAUGCGAUCCAUUGACUGGACAAUGUCCAUGUCGAACUGGUAUAACUGGUCUUCAAUGUGACCGAUGUGAUCGUGGCACAGAAGGCAUCUUACCCAAUUGUAGUCCAUGUGGUGAAUGUUGGACUAAUUGGGAUAAGACAAUUGAUAAAGUUAUCAGUGAAUUGGAUCGUCUACAGAAUCAAACUGGUCAACAACUACCUAGAGAAUUGAAAAUUUUAUUCGACAGUUUAGUUAGCCUCUUAGAACAGAUAGAAAAUCUACCUUGGAUGACUACAGACGAUGCAAGAUUCAAUGAAUUCCGUGAUAUACUAAAACGAAGCGAAGAUAUUGUGAUGCGAUUAAGUUCUCUUGAUCAAUUUACUGAUAGUUUAGCUAAAUGGGAUGAUUUAAUGACGGAACGAUUAACUGAACAAUUAAAUCGUAAAGUACGUAUAAAUGAAAUGCGUACACGUCUUGAAACACUUACUGGACAGUUAAAAAAUUUAAUGGAUGAAUCUACGCGAUUAGAACAUUUAGAUCAAAAAGGGGCGUAUUUAUCAGUCCUACGAUCAAAUGAUAUUGGUGAUCGAGUGAAAGGUAUACAAACUAGCAUAGAAUAUCAACGUGGGGGAUUUCAAAGUGAAUUGUUAAAUUCUAAACGUGAACUGGACGCUAUUCAAACACGUGCAGAUCAAUUGAACACUGAUUGGGCACAAGUAGACAGACGAAUUGGAGAAUUCCGUGAAAAAAUUCGUCAGACAAACAGACUGAUUUGUGGUGACAAUGGCUUAUUGCCCAGUGAAGAUACAGACAACAAAGUAUGUCCAUCCACUUGUGGAGGUGCUGGUUGUGAUUACUUUUCAAAAUCAACUGGUCUUUUAACAGCACCUGUAGUGGUUAACCCAAAGGAAAGUCGUCAGAUGAUGAGUACAGAGGUGAAUUUACGCACUGGUCUGAUUGGUACAUGUGGAGUGAAUCCAGGAUGUAAUGCUAGUAAUGCUGGACGUUUACGUCUGCGUAUGGAGGAGUAUUUAAAUAUGCAAAUUCGUUUGACCAAUGCAUUGUACAAUGUUUAUCGAGCUGAAAGUGCUAUUUCAAAGGUUCAUUCAAAUCGUAAAGAUGCAGAGGAGACAGUAAAAAAUUUAACACUGGAAGUGGCAGCAAUAAAAGAACGUCUGGCUAAUAUGUACAACCUAACACAAAGUCUGAUAACAGACGCUGAGAAAUAUGUGGAUAUUUAUGGUAAUAUGAGUCAGGACAAGUUUGAUGAAGAGAAGAGUUGUUGAACUUAACAUCGGAGUCGCAUGGUCCAUGUAACUGUAAAAACCAAAAGAGUCACUGAACCAGUUCAGAUUGGAUAAAUACUUCUUUCAUGUCACUUCCAUCUGCAUUUAUGAAUUUAUAUGCGCAUGCCGUAACAAGUAAAUUGGAAUAACUGACAGCAAGGGAUCCAUUGGGUUCGCUAAGCAUAUCUAAAGGAAUCAGUGAUUGAAAGGAAGUAGAAAUCUACCAGUAUAAUUUCCAGACACCUCGUAGACAUAGAACAUCAAGUUGUAACCUGGAGUACUUUUAAAGUAAUAAAAGUGCAGAAAAUCUCCGGAUUACUAUGCUUUGCAGAAAUAAAUGCUACAAAACGCUUUAAACCUGACCUAUCUCUUGGUAACUAUAAUUCAGUUUCGUUUCAUUUUAAUUACAUAGCUCUUUGUUUUGUUUACCUACUAUUAGGUAGUGUAAAUUGUGCUUUUCUUGCAUUUCCUACCUAUCUGUACAACUGAUUCUCUUAUCUGUUAUAUGGAUUAUCAAUGAUUUCGUUGCACAAUUGAAGAUUAUAGAUUUCUGAAUUUUAACUUAUAUUAUGUACUGCUAAUAACCGUUGUACUUUUAAGCUGUAUACAUGUAGUUCAGGAGCAUUUGUGAAAUAAAAUGAUUGUAUUACUUUAUUUAUUUAGUAUAUCUCGUCCAUUUGGCACAAUAGUAACGUUUCAGCUGUGGAUUGUAGUUCAAAAAUUUGCUGAAACAUCCUCGCUGAAUGAAUAAGAAUAUGUUCCGCCGUGAACUUCGUGCCAUAUGCACUCAAGAAUAGGCUCUAUUGAAAAGUCGUAAAAAGAAGUGAAACAGCUUAUCAGUAUCUUGUCAUUUUUAACAGUUCGCCAAUUCAUGUUACUAAAUUGUAAAAACUAGGUGAAUCAUGCUAGAGUAAUGAAUAGGCUACUGUAAAAUAUGUCAACAUGAACGGUUUCAUUUUGUGUAAAGCUUUUCACUGAUCAGUAAUAUCACCUGUCUAUCUGAUCACAUUCAGGUAACUCAUUACGCUUAUCUUCCGUUUUUUAAGAAUUCCACCUUGACCUGUUAUUAUUUUCAGUUAUUAGAAAUUCACUUCAAUGUAUCAUAGUUAUGAAUACUGCUAAAUGGCUGUGGAAACCCAGUAACAGAGAUUCAAGGUCAUAUUUAUUUCGUCUUAU